AAAAACGUGAAAUUAAGCUUUAUAUAAAUUUAGUUUCGAAUUUCCCGCCAAUUUAGUUCUUUUAAUUCCCACUUAAUUUGGAAUCAAAUCACCUUUGAAUUUUGAUAGAAAAAAAUGAAUUUUCCUGUUAUCUAAGUAAUCAAAAGUAUGAGUGUAUUAUUAAAAGAAGCUAUUCCUUUAUUCCUUCAGGAAUAUUUAGGUCCUCCAGAUAACAGGGUUAAGAAUUGGAUUUUUCUAAAUUCGCCGUUAUGGCUUAUUGGGAUUUUGACCGUUUAUUUUAUCACUUUGGUCGGAUUAAAUAAAUUGAUGGAAAAGAAGGAAGGCUUAAAAUUAAGAGGCUUAUUAACUGUGUAUAACUCGUUCCAAGUGUUGUAUUCAGUAUACAUUUUUAAGGAAAUUAUAACUUCAGCGUAUUUAAAUAAUUAUAAACUACAAUGUACCAAUUACGAUCCAAACCCAACACCAUUAAACAUGAGGAUGGCAACAGCUUUUUGGUAUUUUUAUGUUUCAAAAAUUAUCGAUCUUUGCGAUACGGUGUUUUUUGUUUUAAGAAAAAAGAGAAAUCAACUUACGUUUUUGCACAUAUAUCAUCACUCCACAAUGAUUUUCAAUUGGUAUCUAGGCACGUUGUAUUCACCAGGGGGGCAAGCGUUUCUCAGCGUUAUGUUUAACUCAUUUAUACACAUCAUAAUGUAUCUCUAUUAUUUAUUAGCCGCAAUUGGUCCUCACAUGCAAAAAUAUUUAUGGUGGAAAAAAUACUUAACACAAAUACAAUUAUUACAAUUUAUCGUAGUAAUGGUACAUAUUUUAGUUGGAUAUCGUAACAAUUGUAAAGCAUCAAACUGGUUAUCUUGGUUUACUGUAAUUUAUUUAUGGACUUUGGUUGUUCUAUUUGCAAAUUUUUAUUAUCAAGCUUACAGAAAGAAAAGCGUUAUGCCUUCUGAAACUGAUAUUGAUGAAUCGACAACGAAAAAGGUCGAUUUUAAAGCAGGAGGUGAUUUUAAAAUUGAUUGAGAAUAACAUUAAAAAAAUUCUAUGUUUCA